CCGGUGACCUUCAAGGAGGUGGCUGUGUAUUUUACCAAGGAAGAGGGGCCUCUGCUGGACCCCACUAGAGAGCCCUCUACAGAGACGUCAUGCAGGAGAACUAUGAGACUGUGACCUCGCUGGAGUUUCAAGUUUCCAAACCUGAUGUGAUCUCCCAGCUGGAAAAAGGGGACGACCCAGGGGUCCCAGACCUCCAGGGCUUAGAGGAACAAGAGAUCCUGAGAGGUGGUGGGAUGGUGAGUGAGAAUGAGGAACAGAAUCCUCAGCAGAAGGAUGCUGAGCAUGUGGAACUGCAUGGGGUACUGCUGCGAAGAUCCAAACGGAAGAUGUCCAGAAAUCAUGAGCAGCAAAAAAGUUGUGAGAGUCAGCACAGGCCAGAGAGGCAGCAGACAAAGCAGAGAGAAGAGAAAGUGGGUAAAUCUAUUAAUAGUCAGGGAACUCACAAGGACUUCAAGGGAACCACAGCCCAGCACAGAAUCCUCACAGGAGAGAGAAAAAACACCUGCACUGAGUGUGGGAAAAUCUUCCGUAGACGUGCAGACCUUAUUAAUCAUGAGAGAAUCCACACAGGAGAGAGACCCUAUGAAUGUAGUCAGUGUGGGAAAACAUUCACUCAGAGUUCAGCCCUUACUAGGCAUCAGAGAAUCCAUACAGGGGACAGACCCUAUGAAUGCUGUGAAUGUGGGAAAAACUUCUCUGACAGAUCAACCCUUAUUCAGCAUCAGAGAAUCCACACAGGGGAAAGACCCUAUAAAUGCAGUGAAUGUGGGAAAAGCUUCACUGACAGCUCAGCCCUGAUUCAACAUCAGAGAAUCCACACAGGGGAGAGACCCUAUAAAUGCUGUGAGUGUGGGAAAAACUUCACUCAGCGCUCAACCCUUAUCACACAUCAGAGACUUCACACAGGAGAGAGACCUUAUGAAUGCUGCGAGUGCCAGAAAAACUUUAGUAAUUGCUCAGCGCUUAUUUAUCAUCAGCGAAUCCACACAGGAGAAAGACCCUAUGAGUGCUGUGAGUGUGGAAAAACCUUCACUGACAGCUCAACCCUUGUUACACACCAGAGAAUCCACACAGGAGAGAGACCAUAUGAAUGCCGCGAGUGUGGGAAAACCUUCACGGCCAGCUCUACCCUUGUUACACAUCAAAGAAUCCAUACCGGGGAGAGACCCUAUGAAUGCUGUGAGUGCGGGAAAAGCUUCACUCAGCGCUCAACCCUUAUUACGCAUCAGAGAAUCCACAUAGGCGAGAGACCCUACAUAUGCUAUGAGUGCGGGAAAAGUUUCACUGACACCUCAACCCUUAUUACACAUCAAAGAAUCCACAGUGGAGAGAGACCAUAUGAAUGCAGCGAGUGCGGGAAAAGCUUCACUCAGAGCUCAGCCCUGAUUACGCAUCAGAGAAUCCACAGUGGAGAGAGACCCUAUGAAUGCAGUGAGUGCGGGAAAAGCUUCGCUCGGAGCUCAGCCCUUCUUUAUCAUCAGAGAAUCCACAAGAGAUAGCUCUAGACAAGGUUUUUAUGCUGUUCCUGACAAAAGAUUUUAGUAUCUUUAAUAGUUUUGCUAAUUGCCACAUAGUGAACUUUAAAGCUAUUUGCACCUUUUCCUUCAUUGUGGUCACUCAAGUGAAGGCGAAAACAGACAACUCUGCAGCUCCACCUUUUUGGGGAAGAAUCCCAUGGUCCUUUCUGUCAACUCCAUAGUCCCAUAUGGGUCAUGGGAAUUUGUGACCCUCCUACAAAGGAUAUUUCAUCACCUCCAGGUCGAGGAUAUAUAUAGGUGAUAUCAACUAGCUAUAUCAAGGUAAAAUCUGCUUGGUUUCAUCUCCACUAGGAUUUUCCAUGGAGUUGGCUGGCUUGAGUUAGCUAUCAUGAUGUAAAAACCUAACUAGUCUUGCAGUAAGGACAUAACCUGGAGACUGUACGUGGGUUAUCCUCAUGUCCUGACCUAACCUCCUUUUCCUAGUCUAAGCAAACCUGCAGGAAGGAUCAAAUUUAAACUCUUAUUUCCACUGCAAAAUGAUUGUUUGAGCCUCCAAGUUUUCCCUUUGGCACAGAUUUGUCUCAUUGCCUUGGGGUGUGCUGAACAAGAAUUGUGUUCGUACCCUUUUUCUCACAUGAAAUAGAUUUAAAUAUAACAAAGAGCAGGAGCAAGAGUGGUGGAGGAGGGAGGGAAGUGUCAUUUCAGGCUCUGGGACACUGAAAAAGAUGGAGGGAUUCCACGCUUCUCCAGCACCCUUACCUUCUGUCUGAGCUACGUAGCAUUUAUAUUUUUCACAUUUUAGCCCUCCACCUUCAAAGUCUCAUGU